AUGUAUUCUAAUAUUAUAUAUCUUGAUUUUGAUGGAGUAUUAGAUGAUAUAACUAGUAGAGUAUUAGAUAAUAUAGCUGGUAAAGUAUUAGAUGAUGUAGCUGAUAAAUUAUUAGAUGAUAUAGUUGGUAGAGUAUUAGAUGAUAGUAAAAUAUUAGAUAUAAUAAUUGAUAUUUGUUGA